UAAUUGUGGACUAGGGUUUUGGAGCGAACUUCUGAAACCAGAAAACCGCCGGUUCUUCAAUUCUCCAGGAAGCCAUUACCAUCCAAGCAGCGAGGGUACUGAACUGACAGUAGUUUUCUACUCCAAAUAUGGAUGACGAGAUCACCGUCGAUGAGAACUUCCCGUUGUUUUCCCGGAAAACCAAGUCGAAACAACCCUCCAUAGCCGCCACGGUGGCCGCCGAGAAGCUUCAGACACCGCACCUCGAGAAAGAAACAAACCCUAACCCCAACCCUAACAACGGCUCUUUUGCGGACCUGGGCCUCUCGGAAUGGGCAGUCCAGACCUGCAAAGAGCUCGGGAUGAAGAAGCCAACGCCGGUGCAGCACCACUGCAUUCCCCCCAUCCUCUCCGGCGAGGACGUUCUAGGGCUGGCACAGACCGGCAGCGGCAAGACUGCGGCCUUCGCUCUGCCCAUACUUCACCGCCUCGCCGAGGACCCUUACGGUGUGUUUGCUCUCGUGGUCACGCCUACUCGGGAGCUGGCUUACCAGCUGGCCGAGCAGUUCCGGGCUUUGGGCGCGUGCUUGAACUUGCGCUGCGCGGUGGUGGUCGGUGGGAUGGACAGGAUUAACCAGACUCAGGCGCUGAUGAACCGCCCUCAUGUCGUGAUAGCCACUCCCGGUAGGAUUAAGGUUCUUAUAGAAGAGAAUCCUGAUAUCCCUGCUGUUUUCUCGAAGACGAAGUUCUUAGUUCUGGAUGAAGCAGACAGAGUUCUGGAUGUUGGCUUUGAGGAAGAAUUGAGAGUGGUGUUUCAAUGCUUGCCAAGAAAUCGACAAACUUUAUUAUUUUCUGCAACAAUGACAAGCGACCUACAGACAUUGCUUGAGGUUUCGGCAAACAAGGCAUACUUUUAUGAGGCUUAUGAAGGCUUCAGGACAGUUGAAUCUCUAAAGCAGCAAUAUAUUUUUAUCCCUAAGAAUGUAAGGGAUGUUUAUCUGCUACACAUUCUGUCCAAAAUGGAAGACAUGGAUAUUCGAUCAACCAUAAUUUUUGUUUCAACUUGCAGGAGUUGUCACCUUCUAAGCUUUUUACUUGAAGAACUUGAUAUUGAAGCUGCUGCAUUGCAUUCAUUUAAAUCCCAGUCCCUGCGGCUUGCUGCGCUACAUCGAUUUAAAUCUGGAAAAGUCCCUGUAUUACUUGCAACUGAUGUAGCCAGUCGUGGUUUGGAUAUUCCAACAGUUGAUCUUGUUAUCAAUUAUGAUAUCCCAAGGUUCCCAAGGGACUAUGUUCAUCGUGUUGGGCGUACAGCAAGAGCAGGCAGGGGAGGAUUGGCUGUGAGCUUUGUUACCCAGAAUGAUGUAAAUCUUAUUCAUGAAAUAGAAGAUGUCCUCGGAAAACAAUUGGACAAGUUCGAAUGCAAAGAGAACGAUGUGCUUGCUGACAUUACGAAGGUUUACAAGGCCAAACGUGUGGCAACAAUGAAAAUGAUGGAGGAUGGAUUUGAGGAGAAAGCCAAAGCCCGAAAAGAGCAGAAGCUGAAGAUGUUAGCAGAGAAAGGACUGCUAAAGAAAAGGAAAAGAGGCCGAGCUGGAGCUGCUGAAUAGUGGCUUCUAACAAAAGGUUGAGGUUUUUUUUUGGCUUCUGGAGCUGCUGAAUAGUGGCUUCUAACAAAAAGAUGAGGUUUUUUGGGCUUUUGUAAAUCAAAUAUUUCUCAUCUGGCUUGUAAAAGUAACAAUUGUUUUGAGGGAUGAUGAUCAUAUGGCGACAUGUACCUCAGAACAUGUCGCCAUAAAUUGUAGCAGCCCUCUUGUCUUAUUUUUAAUGGAAACAAACACUAUUUUGGUCUUA